UUAAAAAUCAGUUGGUAGGUGCCGGUCUGGGAGGGAAUCGGAACCCUCUUCGCAUUGGCACGACAAAUACUUUGACGUGAGAAAAGAAAUAUGCUAUAAUAUGUGGGAAUUGGAGAACAACACUGUUUUCAGGUAAACGUGCGAUAUGGGACACCGCAAGCGAUGUUACUAUACAUCGUUUCUGAACCUAUCCUAUCCAUCUCAACCCGCAAUGAAGGAGACGAUUCUGAUGGAGACCAAGAUUUCCGAUGUCUUCCCGCCGAGAUUUGCAAAAGAAGGGUUAACUUUUGACGAUGUUUUGCUGAUUCCGGCUGAAUCGGAUGUGCUGCCGGAUCAGGUGGAUACGGGUACGCAACUGACACGUAAUCUCCGGCUAAACAUUCCUAUUUGUAGUGCCCCUAUGGAUACUGUCACGGAAUCUAUUCUUGCUAUUGCAAUCGCGCGCGAGGGAGGCAUCGGAAUAAUUCACUAUAACUGCCCUAUUGACGAGCAGGUAUCUGAAGUCGAUCGGGUGAAACGUUCGGAAAGUGGUAUGAUUACCGCACCGAUUACGCUAACGCAGGAUAAGACGAUUCGCGAUGCCUUGCAAAUAACAGAGCGUUACCGCAUCGGUGGUGUCCCUAUCGUAACAGAGGAUGGUUACCUCGUUGGUUUGAUUACCAACCGAGAUCUCAAGUACGAAAACAAUCUGGAACUCCCUGUAACCGCCCGAAUGACGCCCGGUAAGGAGUUGAUUACCGCUUCCCCCGGAAUUACACUUGAUAAAGCCAAAGAGGUACUCCACAAAUCCCGAAAAGAAAAACUGCCGAUUGUGGAUGAGGAUUUUCGACUCUGCGGACUGAUUACUAUCAAAGAUAUUGACAAGGUCCAGAUGUUUCCACAAGCCUGUAAGGACACUGCUGGACGUUUAUGUGUCGGUGCCGCUGUUCUGCCUUCAACGCCCUUGGAGCACGUCGAUAGGUUAGUGGCGGCGGGUGUAGAUGUGCUCGUAUUGGAUACAGCACAUGGACAUUCCAAAAACGUAAUCCGAUCGACAGAGUACAUUAAGUCUCAUUUCCCAGAUGUUGAACUUGUCGCUGGGAAUGUUGUUACGCCUGAAGGAACGCGAAGUCUCAUUGAUGCGGGUGCGGACGCGGUAAAGGUCGGUGUUGGUCCCGGUUCUAUUUGCACAACCCGUGUGGUAGCAGGCGUUAGUAUUCCGCAGAUUACAGCAAUUUACGAUUGUGCACAGGAAGCGGAUAAAGCAGGUGUGCCGAUUAUUGCCGAUGGCGGUAUUCGUUAUUCUGGAGACAUCGCCAAAGCCAUUGGUGCGGGUGCCAGUUCUGUAAUGAUCGGGAGUCUACUUGCUGGUACGGACGAGAGUCCCGGAGAUACUGUCAUCUAUCAGGGGCGAACAUAUAAGAUUCACCGUGGAAUGGGGUCAUUGGGUGCAUUACGAAAACGAAGUGCCCAACUUUCAGAGGAGAGUAGCGAGGAUAUUUCCAAACUUGUCCCGCGUGGAAUUGAGGGACGUGUGCCGCAUAAAGGGAAACUUAGCAGUUUUGUCUAUCAAUUGGUCGGUGGCAUCCGCUCGGCAAUGGGCUAUUGCGGGGCUUCGGACAUUGAGGCGUUACGUAGGGAUAGCCAAUUUGUACGGAUGUCAAGUAGUGGCUACCGAGAAAGCCAUCCCCACGAUAUCGAUAUUACCGAGGAAGCACCGAAUUACACAGUAGCGCAUCUUUCUCCAUAA